AUGAAGAGCAAGCUUUUUGUAGGAGGAGUAACUGAAGCCUGGAAGUACCAAAUUGCUAAUGAGCUUCAAAUGAAUCUUUCUUCAUUCCCAGACAAGUAUUUGGGAGUAAACUUGAAACCAGGAGCUGUGAGGUCAAGUACAGUUUGGUGUAUGGUGGAAAUGAUACAAAACAAACUAACUGGUUGGAUUGGGAAGAUGUUAUCUUUCAAGGACAGACUAACCCUUAUCAAAUCAAUUUUGUGCAGCAUUCCCAUUUAUAAGAUGUCAGUCUAUAAGUGGCCUACAAGUGUAGUGAAAACUUGUGAGAAAUUUAUAAGAAACUUUCUAUGGACAGAGGAUCCAUAG